CUUUCCUACUCUCCAUAGUAUCCAAGCCAAAUAAUUGUCCUAACCUACCAUCAACGACCAACAACCCCCGAUAUACCCAAUCAUGCCGCCCGUCACCGACGAGCAACGAGUCGAAGCGCGUCAGAACUGGGAGCCCGAGUACCCCUCUGGAGACGAGAAACGUUUCCCCGGAAGUCAAGCCGAGCAGUCGCAGAACCAAAGGACCGUCACACAACAGAAGAAGCAUAAUGAGUACUACAACAAGGAAAAGCGCGAGACUGGUCUGCAAACCGAACGUUCGAGGUCCUCAUCACGCCGUGCCCGAAGAAAGCGAGUGAAGAACGACCAGAGAGAUGGCAAAUACAUGCACACCAAUUCUCUCGAAGCCCUGGAGGAAGCCGACGCCAAUGGCGAGCUACACGAGAUGCAACCCUUCGAGCGUAUCGGCCCUGAUUCAACAUCCAUGGACGGUCCCGUCACCAAGGCUCGCGCAGACAGAGGAGAGAUCCCCAUGCGAGGCAGCAACCCCGACCAGCCCUACUACAAGAAGCCGCCAAAGCAGGAAGCUUCCCUCCUCGACGAGACCGAUGGUCUGAAACUCAAACUGGAUGCCAACCUCGACGUCGAAAUUGAACUCAAGGCCAGUAUUCGUGGUGACUUGACGCUAUCUUUGUUAGAAUAACAGCGUAUAGUGCAUGAUCGGCUGGCUCCACGGAGUCGGACACCGUCUCGCCCAGCCAAAUCACCACUACGCGCUUUUGGCAUGAUCAUGUAAUUUUAUCAUGUGUACGAAACUGGACAAUCAUGAUGGGAACGGCGUUUGUUUUUACCCCGGGAAGCGUUUCUUUCUUCCAUAUCUUGAUACUCCUACUUAAAUUUUUGGCUAGAUACAUGCU